AUGUCCACAACUCUCGAUCACCUCUACCCGGAACUCGCUCGGGAGAAGAGCUCCGGCUCCCCCGUCGACGAGACGCAGCUCGUCGAUCCCGAGGAGAAGCAGAAGCCCUACGGCUCUCUUCUUCGUUGCCUACUUGACUCGAUGUCGCGCACCCCUUACCAAGCCGCAGCCGUAAGCUCCUGGAACGCGGCCGCCCAGACUUCGUCGCUCGGUGUCAUUCGAGCCGUGAUCGCAGCCUCGACUCAGCCGAUCUACGCCAAGCUUGCCGACUUCCUCGGCCGUCCCCUCGUUAUCUGCAUUUUCACUGUCUUCUACGCCAUCGGCUGUAUCCUCCAGGCCACUGCGGACAGCUUCCCCGAGUACAUCGGUGGCUUUGUCUUCUACACGCUGGCCUUUGCCGGACAGCAGAAGGGUGCGCUGACGAACAGUUCUCUCCAUCUCAUGGUCAACGCCUGGGUGUCUGGCACAAUCGCUCAGAAGGUGAUCCAGAACCUUUCGUGGAACUGGGGUUUCGGCAUUGGCAGCAUCACCGUACCCGUCCUCACCAUCCCUCUCCUUCUCGUACUCUGGGAGGGCAAGCGCCGUGCUCAGCGCCGUGGCAUGCUGGCCGGUGUUCCCUCGGCGCGCACCAUGAUGCGUUCGGGUGCCGGCUGGCGUGACCUCUUCUGGAGCGUGGACGUGCCGGGACUGUUCCUUCUCGCUGCGUCGUUGGCCCUUACGCUGCUGCCUCUUACGUUCGGAGGUGGCGCCAAGGCCAAGUGGAAGCAGGCUCAACAGAUCGUGCCCCUUGUUAUCGGCGUUGUCGUGUGCUUCCCCGCCUUCCUUGUCUGGCAGUGGAAGGGUGCCCGCCAGCCCAUCGUCCCCUUCCGUCUCCUUCGCCAACGUCACGUUCUCUGCUGCCUCGCCAUCGCUUGUCUCUGCGCCAUGGCCUCCACCUCCCAGGGGAGCUACCUCUACUUCACCCUGCUUUCUGCUACGCGCAUUCAGAACAUCUACUCGUUCACGCAGACGACUUUCGGCUUCGCGGUCGGCUUCGUCGUGCACCGCGUCCGCCGCCUGAAGCCUUUCGUCUGUGCUGGCGGCGCUGUCUUCGUCCUGGCUUACGGUCUCCUGUACCGCUUCCGUGGCGGACAUUCCGACGCUGAGAUCGCUGGUGUCAUCGGCGCCGAGGUUGUGCUUGGCAUCGCCGGUGGUCUCGUCUACUUCCCGGCCCAGGCUGCUCUUCAGACUGUCGUCAAGCACGAGCACGUCGCGAUUGUGACGGCGCUCUUCACUGCCUGCUUCCAGGUCGGUGCGGGUAUCGGCAACGCCCUCUCCGGAGCGAUUUGGACAAACACCAUGCCGGGCAAGCUACGUACCGGACUCGAGAGCGCAGGCAUUGCCAACUCUACCGCCCUGGCUAAGGACGUUUACGGCAACCCCGUGGCGUGGAUCAAGAAGUACCCCGUCGGCACGCCCGAGCGCAUGGCCGUUGAGGGCGCCUACCGCGAUGUUCAGAGGCUGAUCUGUAUCGCUGGCAUGUGCAUCACGUCGCUGCUCUUCAUUCUGACCUGGGGGCUCAAGAACCCGAGGCUCGGCGAGGCGCAAAGCCUCGAGGAUGCGCAGCUUGAGGCGAUGGGCGUCAAGAGCGCGGAUGAGGGAAUGCCGCUCGCCCCAAUCGCUGGUCGUGACGAGAAAUCGGACACUAAGUAG